AUGCAAUAAUAAACAAAAGGAAAAAACGAAGAAAUAAACCUUUCUACUUGUACUUAAAACGCCUUUUACAUAUAUGCCAGUAUUCGUCACUACGAAAAUAUCAAAAAAUAGAAAAAACUAGCAUGCGAAUAAGAUUUAGAUGUAAAAAAUUUUGCUCAUUUAUUCUUCAAAACUAAAGCAAAUUAAGUAAAAAAAAAAGCAGAUAAGUGUUGCGAAGAUCUUGAAAGCCUACCAAAUCUCAAUGUAUUUAGAAUGUGCUCAAACUGCUACGCUAAAUUUCUAAGUCUCUUUACUAAACGUUUUUAUUGUAUUAAUCUGAUGAUAUCCCUUCCCAUUAUUGAUGAAAAUAGUGAUCAGACUACUUAAUUGGCAAUUAAUUCAUAGAUUUUUCAAGAAAAUUUUGAAUUGAUUUAGUUGGUUUGA